AUGUUGGGAUCUGCACGGGGGACGCGGCCCCGGCCCCGGCCCCGGCUCCGUCUGUGUCCCACUCACCGGAGCGCUGCGUCCGUGUUGACGUGUGCCUUUGCGGCUCUAGGCAGGGCAACGCUGGUAUACGCCCAGCCGGCUCUGCCAUACAUCCCCACCAGCAUCCUGCUGCCCUCCGAUUCCGAAGGGAAUAGCAGCCCAGUGGCCUACAUCUUCGCGCCGAGCGCCGACAGCCCCGGCGCAGUCGACUUCCUCGCGCUCGACGUCUCCUCCACGCUCCGGGCGUCUUCCCUGCAGCCGACCAGACUCGCAUCGGCCCUGCCCUUCACCGGAAACGGCACCACCUUUGCGCCCUCGCUCCUCCCCAACGGCACCAUCGCCGUCGUGGUAGGCGACUGCGCGCCGGGCUCUGCCUCUUCGCUCUGGACCACCAUGCCGGACCCAGCCACUACUACUACUAGUAGUAGUACUACUACGAAGAAGGAACCGGAAUGGACCAGCCACUCCAUCGCGCCUUUCUCGGGCUGGGACUACGCACAGAGCGGGCCGUACCAUCUAGGCGGCAUCCUCAGCUUCUCGGCCCAGCUCAGCCCCGUGCUCUCCCCGCCGACGCUGUACCUCUACGGCGGGAUGUGUCCGCUGCCUAAUCCAUCAUCCUCAUCCCCAUCAUUGUCAUCAGGAGAAGAAGAAAAUAACUGGCAAUCCGACGCGCGGUACUCGAACCGCAUGCUCCGCCUCACGUCUUCCUCUUCCUCUUGGGACCUCUCCUACGCCCCCGGCGCACAACCCGUCGUCGCGGCAGCGGGCUUCACCCUCACCGCCCUCCCGCCGUCGCUCACCAAUCUUUCUACUACUAGUACUACUAGCAACUCCGAGAAGGGUGGUAGUAGUAGCGGUAGUAGUAGGAUAGUGACACAGCAAACAAGCCACGUCAUGCUGGGUGGCCACACCACGGCCCACGCCUUCGUCAACAUGAGCACCGCCGCGAUCUGGUCGCUGCCUGAGGAGACUUGGUCGUUUGUCACCAUCUCUUCCCCCCUUUCUUCUUCUGGAGGAACGAAAACAGAUCUAGCCCGCCGCCGUCAAGCUGGUGCUGGUUCUGGUUCUGAGGCUGAUGUGGUGGUGGUGGACAGCAGGUCCGGACACACGGCGGUGCUGAGUGCCGACGGGACGCGGCUGGUUGUGUAUGGUGGGUGGGUCGGGGAUGUGGACACGCCUGCGGUGCCGCAGCUGGCUGUGCUUAGGUUGGGGGUUCCUGGGUUGAGUGAGUGGGCGUGGGAGAUUCCUUCUGACACCCCACAAGAUGGGGAGGAGGAUGGGAUAGGGGGAGGGGUGUAUGGGCAUGGCGCGGCGCUGUUGCCGGGGAAUGUCAUGAUGGUGUAUGGCGGGUAUGAGAUUGUGCCUGAAGGGGGGAAAGGAGGGGUGGUGAAGAGGAGACGGGCGGGUGGCGGGAGGGUGUUUUACAAUAUUACCAGUGGUCGCUGGUCGGAGGAGUAUGUCAGUCCGCUGACGCACCUUGGGAGUAGCGGAAAUGGUGGUGGGAGUACGAGUGAUGCCGGGGGUGGUUCUACUAGUAGUAGUUCGCCCGGCCCCUCGGACAAUGGGGAUGCUCCCAGCAGCGCCGACGACUCCUCACGCAAACGACAGAUCAGCCUCGGCGUCGGGCUCGGCGUCGGCGGUCUCAUCCUACUCCUUCUCGCGGCUCUCGGCGCCCGGUGGUUCCGGCGCCGACAGAAGCGCCGGGCCGCGCGGGACGAGACGCUCCGCAGCCUGGCCCAGGGCGUGGGCGUCAACGGGUCUCUGCCCCGGGGCCUCGGCGAGGACGACGACGAGAUGCUGGAGCGGGAGUACGCCGGCACGGGCCUCUUCCCCUGGACCGCCGCGGCCGCGCGGGAGUGGUACACCGGCGGCGGCGGGCCUUACACGCAGGGGCGGCGCUCACUUGGGGGCUACGAGAGCCUCCGCAGGCCGGGGCCGUCGCUCCAGUAUUACAUCCCGCCGCCGCCGUCGCCAUCGAGCGCCUCGAGCGGUCGGUUGAAGGGCGCCAGGGGCCUCCACCAGCCGACAUACGAUUUCGCCCCGCUCGGUCGCGCUCGGAACGGGAUCGAGCCUAUCUACGAAGCGGACGAGGACGAGGAUGGCGAUUUGGCCAAGGAGGGCUGUCCGCUGAGUCCGGACGGGAAUGAAGAACACGACGAUGGCGACGACCCGUUUGUCACGCCGACCACCCUCAGCAGCCCGCGACACUCCAACUCGCCGACGCCGCCCCCUUCUCGCGGGCAUGCACAUGCACAUGGACAAGGACAGGGAAGCCAGCAGCAAGAUCCGGACGUCCAGGGCUGGGUGAGCGACGUGGACGCCCCUACUACUACUAGUAGUAGUACUAGUACAGGCCGCUUGUCCCCGCUGCGCCGCGCACUCUCGAUCAAAUCCACCAGAUCAGCGAAAUCGCCCUCGGCGGGAGCACAGCGGGCUACUAUUACUACUGUAGUAGGCUCAGCCUUCUCCUCCUCCCCUACCACAUCAUCCCAACCCUCCCUGUCAGACGACGGCAGCCACCGCACGGGGAGCAACCUCUCGGAGCGCAGCAGGCCAGGCACGGGAGGUCCUUGGGCGGAGGAUAGAGUCCUCCUUUCCCGACUGCAUUCCACGCUAUCCACCACCGUGGCCGCAGGGGAGAACACUAUUAUUACUACUAUUGGUGGUAGUGGUAAUAGUAACAAGGUAGGGGGGCGAACGAGAAGCGACAGUGCAACAUCGACAUCUGCAUCCGGAAAAAGCUACAGCACCGCCAAGUCGCAUCUGAACUUUGCCGUGCUGCGGGAGGAGGGACCUGGGCUGUUGAUGGGCACUACUACUGCUGCUAGUAGUGGUAGUACUACUACUUGUACUAAAGAAGGGGAUGGAAGAAUGGGGGAGGACGAGGAGGGAGAAGAGGAGGAGGACCAGUGGCUGCAUGUGCAUGACUAUAAUGAGCCAGGCAGUCCGAGCAAGACCAAGCCACACCACCACCACCAACAACAAAAACUGCGGCGCAGCUGGCUGAGGAGUCUCAAGCGCGUGUUCAGCGGCGGCACGCCCACACCCACCACGACCGAGGCCGGGAGCAGCAGCGGCAGUGGCAGUCCGACGCGGGAAGCGCUGCUCUGGUCUUCGUCGGACUACUACGACGAGCUGUUUGGCACUACUACUACUACUGGCGGCGGUAGUGGUGGUGGUGGUUUACAGAGACGGAGACAACAGCAACAGCAACAGCAGGAUGAACUGGACGACUGGGACCGGGACAUUGAGCGCGCCGCGGCGCACCGCACCGUGCAGAUCAUGUUCACGGUGCCCAAGGAGCCGCUGAGGGUCGUCAACGCCGAGAUUGAGCGGGAGGAGGAGAGCGUGCUGAUUGUGGAUCCUGCUGAUGAGGAUAAGGGCCAUGACAGUGACAGUGACAAUGGCAGGGCCGCACCAGCAGUGGACCAGCACCACCACCAGGAGGAGCAGCAGCAGCAGCAUGUUCGUGUUCCUCUUCCUCUCCCCAUUACCCAGAACGACGACGACGACAACAACAACAACAACAAUGCCAACAGACACAAAGACAGAGGAGACAGAUUGUCAUCUACCACCCUGGAACUUCCAACGGGAGUCUCCACCUCCACCUCCCCCUCCCCUUCCCCCUCGCUGCGCGCCCGCGCCCCGUCCCCGUCUGCCAUCUCCCUGACGACAGCGACGCUGCAUACCGCCGAGGCGGUGCGUCUGGAGCGGCCGCCCAGCAAGACGAGGGUCUUGGAGAUGGUGGAGAGCAUCGAGUCCCAGUCCCAGUCCCAACCCCAGUAG